AUGGCUAGAAAGAAAGUGAGAAUAGCUUACAUCACUAACAAUUCUGCUAGGAGAGCCACAUUUAGGAAAAGGAAAGAAGGUAUGAUGAAGAAGUUGAGAGAAUUGACCACUCUAUGUGGAAUUGAUGCAUGUGCUGUUAUUUACAGCCCAUUUGAUUCUCAACCUGAGGUUUGGCCUUCUCCGUUUGGAGUCAAACAUGUUCUUGAAAAGUUCAAAAACAUGUCUUUGAUAGAGAAGAGCCAAAAGAUGUUGAACCAAGAAAGCUUUCUCAGAGAGUUGAUCUCUAAAAAACAGAUACAAUUGAAGAAAUUGAGAAAGGAAAAUAAAGAGAAGCAGAUGAGGCGUGUCAUGUUUGAAAGUCUCACUUUAGGAGUUCCUCAGUUUCAGCAUCUGAACCUGAUGGAUAUGGGUGUUCUUCAGCAACUUAUUUACCAGAAACUGGAUGAGAUUGAUGGAAAAACAAAGAAUCUCAAUGAGAAGGUGAUUGAUAACGAGAACCAAACUGCAUAA